AUGUAUCAUAUGUGGGACAGAUGGUGUCUACAAAUGUCAUGGGUGCUUCGAACCCAGCACCAGAGACUUCCCUUCCAUCGAGUCAGCCAAUGGACAGGCUCCUUCUUUGAGGAAAGUUGCUUGGUCAAGAGUGGGAUCGUGAUCUGGCUUGGCCAUAAUGGAAACCCAUGUCCAUGGGACGAUGAUGUGGGGGAAUCUAGUGUAUUUACUACAGGGGAAGAGGAAGCCAACACUACAGACAUAGAGAGUUCAGAAGACAAAGACGGCGGCGACCCGAGUUCAAAGUGCGCUGAUGACCUUCCGACCGGUGUGCCAUUUGUCAAGGGUAACAGCACAUUAACAACAAUAGUUGACAAGUCCGGCAUGCAUACACACCUGGUGAAGUAUUGCACAUGCCCAAACGCCGCCGCCGAUAUACAAAUGUUUCAAAUGGGCUUAUUCCUGGCGUCUUUCUUGAAACUGAAGACAGCAUUUACUUUCAACGUCCUAAAUGACUUCUUGCUAGACAACCUGGAGUGCGGGACUUCGGCGAUGAAUUACUACAGCAAAUUGAGAAGGAUGACAAUGACCGUCUUUCCGCAUUUAGUGCCGGACUGGUACUGGGAGCUGAUGAGGGUGGCAAGACAAUGGAGAAAACUUAAGCUUCUCAAAAGGAACGGAUUCGGCCAUGAGGAAAAGGACGUCAGACCCGGAGAUCUAGCCCUCUUUUGUCUGGCGUGUCCCCAGCCAGGCAUUAAUGUCACUUUGCCUGUCGGAGAACAAAUGGAAGAUUCUAAUGUGAACAAAGGAUCAAAUUUACAGACUCCAAGUUGGUUGUACAUGAGGUCGCUCAUCAUGGACGGAAACUUCAAAGCUGAGCAUCUCCAUCCAGUACAUCCCGGCGAUGAAGUCUCUCUUAUGGAUGGCCAUGGGUUUAUGGUAGGAGACGCCUUGUACGAGGAGCAUUUAGCCGUUGCACAGGACACUUCUCAACAACCGGAAUGCAACAACCAUGGUGCGGUGAAUCAGGCAAAUGCAUCCCGUCAUAGAUUGGAAGCAAUGGGCAUCGGCGGUUGUGCCUGUGCACAGCAUGGCUGCUUUGUGCCUCACACCAUGGUCGAUUUUCAGAAGGGAGAAAGACAGAUGAACAUGGAUUAUGUGUUAUGCGAGGCAUUAAAAAUGAACGCCAAUGGAAUCCACCGUGCCCUGACAUUUUAUGAUGUAAACUGUCAGUACCACAAGCAUUUGAAGGACCACAUCACUGAGAGUUCAAUCUUAGAGAUACCUAAGGAACUGGAUAUUAUCCCUGGGAUUGGACUGUGGCAUGUGCAUGGGCAUCAAGACAGCUGCUAUGUCAGAUAUGCAUCAAAUUUUAUUGAGGGUGCCACUCGGAUUGAUGGCAAAAUUAUGGAGACUCUAUGGGCGCCAUUAAAUAUCAUUUCGCCAGCUGCUUGCGGCAUGGGAACUCCACACCAGAAGAAAUGCUUGGACUAUCAAAUGAAUGAUUACAACUUCAUGAAAAUGAUCAGAACGAGCAAGUCCCUUUGCAAGAAGUACAAUCAGGCGCUUGCUGAAACUGCCGAUCCUGGGAAAGUUCGAGAAUGGGAAAGCCAAGAAAGGUUGGUGCACCAACGCUGUCGCCGUGAUCCAACAGCCAUGGAUAUUUAUGAAGUACAAUUGCAGAAAGUGCUGACGAGAAAGCAGCAGGAAAUACAAUUAUUAGCAGAACAAGGACGGGGCCCAGGGCCUAUCCGGCGACGAGGGGCAGCGACAUGGCUCGCAGAGGGUUUAACAAUUGAGGAGGCCCAGGUCACACUACAAUUGGAAAUCAAGAAACCAGAGAAGGCAGUCAUUCCCCUGCCGUCCAAUUUGGGGCAGGAUACAUGUACUGCUAUCGGCAUCAAUGAUUUGGCAAAACAAGAACUUAUCCUCCGGCAAGGCCAGGCCAAUGAUGCCUUGCACAACAUCAGGGUUUAUUUGGCGGACAAAGUGGUCAUUUUUCGGAAGACGGUGCACUCGGUUGAUAGGGCGGUCAGCAUCCAAGCCAGUAUCUAUUUGAAGUGCCGCAAACAACUUUGCAGCCUCGGCGCCGAUGAUGCUUUACUAUGGCGAUAUCAGCCCCUAGCCAAGGAGCAUCUCAAGGUUAGUACCGCCGUUGCCAAUCCAAACUCACGAGGACAGCGAAAUAAUACGCUGCCGUGGUUUUGGUCAUUGGAUGUUGCAGGAGGUUCCGAGAGUAAUGAUUGGUUGGAUGAAUUUUACCGGGUACAUUGGCUCCGGGCAAAGGCUCUAAAAGACUGUUGGGCGGAGGAGAUUUUACUUGUUCAGCAUGAAAUGGAUUGGACUUGCAAUUUUUUUUGUUACAAGGCGGAGGAAUGGAAACGUCUCGGCGUCGUUGUGAAGGAAGCCAAAAAAGAAGCUCACAUGGCUUAUGCGGGUAGGCAGGGGAAAAUCUAUGAAUGUCUCUUGGAGGAGGCUAAAUGGGCAUUUCACCCGACAAAAGUUUAG